UUUCAGUUUUCAAUGAUCUUCCGUGUGGAAUUUAUCUUAAAAAAACAAAAAUAUCCUUCUUUGAAUAAUUCUUUUUGAGGUGUUUCUCAAUUUGAUUUUGGUGAAGUUACUUUUUUUUUCAAUAAUGCUAUGGCAGCAAUGGGGCGCCAUUUUGGCGGCAUGGUGCUAUGUAGCAGCAGCCUAUACACCAGCCAAAGGUCGAUACUCAUCUAGGGCUACUGUGAGAAAUUUUACAGGCUGUGAGACACCCUACAUCCGUCAUGGUUCCAUUGUACGACGCCAGAGGGGCCGAACUGUUGAAUAUAUUUGUGAUCCGCCAUAUCAUUUGGUUGGAAACCGAUUUUCCGUUUGCAUGGGUGGCAGAUGGGACCUUCCUGUACCUCUGUGUGCCAAAGCAGGUUGUUCCUUACCACCAAGUCCACCUCAUGGUACCAUUGUACCGGGAGAAGGUAUGUCCAGUGCCCUGUUAUUCUGUCUUCCGGGCUAUGAGGUAGCAGGAGCCCGGGAAACAUUCUGUGAUGGUACAUCAUGGGACAGGAGCCUAGGUUCCUGCCGUGAGACCCGUAUUGGACCUCAGACAUCUUGUGAUUUUGAAUCUACCACCCUCUGUGGCUGGACAAAUGACCAUGAUCACGAUAUCAAUUGGAUCAGAUCGAGUGGUACUGCCUGGAAUCCUAGUAUGCCAUCAAAAUCUGGACCACGUCAUGAUCAUACAAUUGGAAAGGCCCUCGAGGGACACUUUAUGACUGUCGAUAAUCUACGACAUAUUCGACAUGGUGGAGCUCGUCUCCUAUCACCCAUUUACAAUGCCACCUACAGUCGUGGAUGCUUUAGGUUCUACUACAAUAUGUACGGUGCUGCUGUUGGUACUUUUACAAUUUAUCAGAAACCACUUUCAGUAUCAAUGGAUGGUAUUAAGGACUUUGUCGUACUGUUUACAAUAUCGGGAAAUCGAGGAAAUUUGUGGAAUAGUGGUGAUGUCUUUUUGGAAAUCAUGACAGAACCAUUUCAAAUUGUUCUGGAAGCAACAAUGGCAUCAACAUCGGCUGAUAUAUCAAUUGAUGAUGUUGAACUCGAUGUCAAUUGUAGAUCAACCUAUCCGACCGAAUGGACUGAAUCUACUGAAUCAACCUCGUCGCCAACGGUCACGGACAUUGGUAUCUAUUCGGUGGAUUCUUGCGUAAAACGUUGUUCGGAAAAUGCAACUGUAGCCACAAAUGGUAGUUUCAUUAAGGAUCACUUGGAUACUGGAUUGACAAUGAAAUGUGAUUGUCAUCCGGAUUGUCUUGAUCUGAAAUCCUGCUGUCCGGACUAUCUAGAAAUGUGCCUUGGAGAUACUGAUGUACCAACAUCUGUCACUGAAACCUAUACAGAUACCCUAAAUCACCUUCAAACUUACCAUUUUGAACAUACUGUAAUUGUAUCGAGUGGUAUUGCCUCAAUUCUACUGAUUCUACUAAUAAGUGUCCUUCUUCUGUGGCAUCAUCGUCGAAAAAUACAUCAUAGUAGAAAAUCCGUUGAUGUUGUAUUUGAAAAGAAAAAAUUCAAUCAUGAAGAUGGUGAUGAUAGCGAUAUAAAAUGUUUAACAAGUCGCAUGGAUGAUGAAGAAUUGGAUUUUACAUUAAUGACUAAUGAUAAUGUAUCUUAUUUAUAAAGAAUAAUAAAAAAACAUACUUACGGGGAAGUUAAAA